AUGGCCAAAAAGGGUUGCCAUUUGUGCACGCACUUGCUGUACAGCCUCUGCCUCCUCAUUUCUGCCGUGGCAGCGGUACUUGCGGCCGCCACCCCUUUCUGGAUUAAGUCGGCUGAGGCGUUCCCCGACAACAACAGCACCUAUGCCUGCGGCGUGUUUACCGAGUGCACCGAUGCCUCAGACACCCAAUGCGACAUUGACCCCUAUGGCGAGGACCUCGAUGCAAUUCCCAUCAACAACUGGCGCAUCGCCGCCGUUUUCCUUGGCAUCGCCAUGGCCAUCCUCUGGCUCUCCUGGAUCAUCUCCCUCAUCACCUGCCUCUUCUGCUACAAAUGCACCAAGCUGCAAGCCCCCAUGAUUCUCGUCGCCACGCUGUGUCUUUUUGCGGCCAUCAUGGCCUUUUCCGCUGGUAUGGAAGAAACGCGCAGCCCCAUCAACGGCGAACCCGCCAACAGCGAGGUGCACUGCUAUUGUGGCCUCAACGUGGAUCGCUUCGAGCUUGGCGAUUGCACCUUUGGUUCGUCUCGCAUGGCAUGGCCCUUGCUGUACGAGCGCCCAUUUACCUGGUUGGCCUCGAUUCCUGCUCACAUGUUGCUCAUACCCACAGGAUACGGCGCAAACCUCGUCAUUGCCGCCACCGUCGUUACCUUUUUCACGACAUGCUUGGCUUACAAGGUCAAGGACAUGGACGACGAGAAGGGCCUCUAUGUUUAA